AUGGGCCUCUCCUCCACGCUGACGCCCAGCUCCGUCGCGCACGACGGGCGGCGCAUCGUGCACGUGCGGACGUACGACUGGCCGCCGUACCAGGUCAACAUCUGGCUGUUCGUCAUGCUGCUCGCCGCGUCGUCGGUGCUCGGCGUGCUGGCCACGUUUAUGCAGACGCAGAGCCAGCUGGACCUGCCGGUGCCGUGGUACAUCCCUUACUACCUGACGGUGGCCGCGGUCGCGCUGGCGUACCUGCUGGCCGUCAUGUGGCUCAUCUGGUACCGCCGCCUGCUGCCGGCCAUUGUCAUGAUUGGCGCCGCCGCGCUCUUCGUGCUCUGGAUGGUCGGCCUGGUCGCGAGCGCCAUCGCGCUCUGGGGCGUCGGCGGCGUCCAGAGCGUCUGCGACGAGCAGGUCUGGAAUCAGAACCCGCGCGCGCCCGACGCGGCCACGCUGGCGUGGAUGCAGCAGCGGAAUAUAUGUCAAUCGUGGUAUUUGGUGUUUGCGAUGGGUUUGACGGGCGCCGUCUUUUGGAUUUGGGUCAUGAUUAUUGCGUACAAAGUAUUCGUUCGCUCAUGA